AAUUAAAAUUGGACUCUGAAACCGUGUUCUGAAUUUUUAAAACCAUGAGGACAUCUUAGUAUUUUAGUUCUCAGAUAAAGUCACUGAACAAAUCCCAUUAAUAGAUAUUGUAAGAAAAGAAACAGCAAUUCAAUUAGCAUAGAAAAUGGCAACCGAAACCUCAGUCAAUUACGACAGAACCAAAGAGUUGAAGCAAUUCGACGACACAAAAACUGGUGUUAAAGGACUCGUCGACGCCGGAAUACUCAACAUCCCCAAGAUUUUCGUUCGACCAGCCGAGGACCUUGCCGCCGACGAACUGAAUUCCAGUCAGAAAACCAUUGAAGUCCCGAUCAUGGAUUUAAGCAACAUCGGAGAAAGUAUCCGGCGAAAGGAGAUCAUAAACGAAGUUAAGAUUGCAUCAGGGGAAUGGGGUUUCUUCCAAGUGAUAAACCAUGGGAUCCCAUUAAGUGUUUUGGAUGAAAUGAUUGAAGGGAUACGUUCAUUUAAUGAACAACAUUUGGAGUUGAAGAAAGAGAUGUAUAGCCGUGACAGUGCAAAGAAAGUGAAAUUCAACUCUAAUUUUGAUCUUUAUACUUCAAAAACUGCUGAUUGGAGGGACACUUUGCAACUUACUUUUCUUGAUUCUGAGCCUGACCCUUCUCAAAUGCCACCAGUCUGCAGAAAAUCAACAAUGGAGUAUUUUAAGCAUAUGAAAAGAUUGGGAGAAGCUUUGUUUGAGUUGCUAUCAGAGGCACUUGGUCUUCAACCAGACCACCUUAACUCAAUCGGAUGUAGUAAAGGGUGUAGCAUAGUGACCCACUACUAUCCACCUUGCCCUCAACCUAAACUCACUUUAGGGGUAAGGAAACAUGCAGACCCAGGCAUAUUAACAGUGCUUCUACAGAACCAUAUGGGCGGCCUCCAAGUCCUUCACGACGGUCAAUGGUUCGACGUCCACCCCACUAGAGGCGGUUUGGUCAUAAACGUCGGCGAUCUUCUUCAAGUUUUAUCAAACGAUAAGUUCAAGAGUGUGAAGCAUAGAGCAACUGCCAAUCAUGUCGGACCCAGAAUUUCAGUACCAUGUUUUUUCUCAGGACAUGCUAGUUUACAUGACAAAUCAUUUGGGCCAAUCAAAGAGCUGAUAUCAGAGGCAAAUCCUCCUCGAUACAAAGAGUUUUUAUUAAAGGAAUAUAUUGCCAAAUUUUUGUCUAGCUCGCUUGAUAACAAGCCUCCUAAAGAUUACUACAAGAUGUGAUGCUAUAAACUAUCAAAUUGCCAUCAGAAUACCAAGCUGAAUAAAACAAUGUCUUUGAUUUUGUGUGUGUUUUAAUUUGUAAUAGAACUCUAUUUAUAUAUUUACAAGGAGAGUGGAGUUAUUUAUGUAUUUUGUUGUAUUAUAAAUGUGUUUAAAAUAUUUUGUAUUUUAGAUAAAUUUUGAUACAUAAAUUAUCUGUAUCAUAAAUAUUUUUAUAUUUACAACAUCAAGGUUCAAGACAA